UAAACAAACUCCUCCUGUGGGAGGGGUCCCGACGGAACUUGAAGUAUUUAAAAUCUUGCAGUUACUUUUCAGGUGUCCACACAAGAAGCUUGCAGUGAGUUGUCCCGAAAGUGGAGAGACUCCUUUGCCCACAUCAUGUCUUAUUUUGAACACAUCGUGUUUGAGGAUGAGUUCAACAGCUCUGAAUCUGGAUCUGGAGAAUUUGAGGUCUUUUUGGAGGAACCCUGUGAUCGAGCUCGCAACAGUGAAUUUCAAAGGAUCUUUCUACCGACGGUGUUUGGAAUAAUAUUUGUUUUGGGCAUCGUCGGCAAUGGACUGGUAGUUGUGGUGAUGGGCUACCAAAAAAAGUCGAGAACUAUGACCGACAAAUAUAGGCUUCACCUUUCUGUGGCAGAUCUGCUGUUUGUCCUCACUCUGCCCUUCUGGGCUGUGGAUGCCGCGAGCAGCUGGCAUUUUGGAGGUUUCCUCUGUGUGGCUGUGCACAUGAUCUACACGGUCAACUUGUACAGCAGUGUACUGAUUCUGGCCUUCAUAAGCCUGGACAGGUACUUGGCAGUGGUGCAUGCCACCAACAGCCAGGCUCCCAGGAAACUCCUGGUGGAGAGGGUGAUCUACGUGGGCGUGUGGCUGCCUGCCACCCUCCUCACGGUGCCGGAUCUGGUGUUCGCAAAAACGCAGGAGGCGGGCUCCAGGACCAUGUGCAUCCACAUAUACCCCCUGGAGACCAGCUCCAUCUGGAUGGCUGCGUUCCGGGUCCAGCACAUCUUCGUGGGCUUCGUCAUCCCGGGCCUGAUCAUCCUCAUCUGCUACUGCAUCAUCAUCGUCAAGCUGUCCCGGGGCUCCACGGGUCAGCAGAAGCGCAAGGCGCUGAAGACCACGGUCAUCCUCAUCGUGUGCUUCUUCAGCUGCUGGCUGCCAUACUGCGCCGGCAUAUCCGUGGACACCCUGAUGAUGCUGAACGUGGUCCCCCACAGCUGUGCCCUGGAGCAGAGUCUGCAGACGUGGAUCUCCAUCACCGAGGCCCUGGCCUACUUCCACUGCUGCCUAAACCCAAUCCUCUACGCCUUCCUGGGAGUUAAGUUCAAGAAGUCUGCACGGAAUGCAUUGACUACCGGCAGGGGAUCGAGUUUGAAAAUACUUCCCAAAAAGAAAGGUGGACAUUCAUCAAUCUCCACAGAAUCUGAGUCUUCAAGCUUUCACUCUAGUUAACAGUGACUUAUUAUUUGGGGGGGCAAUUCUGUUAGGGAGGCUUAAGCUUUCUUUGUACAAAAUUGGGGGGGGGGGGGGGAC